CUCAUAUUAAACGAAUCUCCGCCGUCCAUCAAGAAGUCCCGAUUUCGUACUCGUAACUUCGCUGUCUCUCUUCCAUACACAAUGGAACAGAUAUUCCAUUCUCCCUUCGCCUAGAAAUUUUCAUUUUCUCCCUAGAACUCAGCAGAUUGAACAAUUAAUGGCGGCUACGUUGUGAAACCGAGGAAAAAGGGAGGGAAAUGACGACGAUUGAGAAGCUGUUCGUGCAAAUCUUCGAGAGGAAGAAGAGGAUAAUCGAGCAAGUCAAGCAGCAGACCGAUCUAUUCGACCAACACCUCGCUUCUAAAUGCAUUCUCGACGGAAUUGCUCCUCCUUCCUGGCUCUGGUCCCCUUCUUUCCCUUCAUUUUCCUCAGAUCGAAAUGUCACAGAGUUGAAGAAAGAGGAGCUUAUACCAGGACUGUUGCUUCCACGUCCUCAACAUGCAAACCUAUACUCCAGUAGUCACUACUCUCUAUACCAGAAGGCCAUUACUGCUGGUAACACGGGGUUACCAAAUGCUUCAUGCACUGAAGUUCAUGCUUCAAAUAUUGGUACUGAUGCAGGUGAUGGGAUGUCUAUUUUGUCUCUGUUUCCUACUGCUGAUACUCAAUGUACCUUCAAUGGUGUUCCUGAGCCAGAUUGUAGUGUUACAUCUCCUCAAGUUUGUGUAGAUGCAAGAAUAUCAGACAACUGUUCUGAUCACUCUCAAUCAUUAGUGAAGAUUCAAAGAUCAAAGUCAAGGCAAAGGGCUCUGGAGCUUCGCAAUAGUGCGAAAGCAACUAAAUCGCAUUCAUGUGAUGAAAAUAAUGCUACUAUUUAUACUAGUCAAGGUAUAGGGUCUGGCAUUAAUUCAAUACAGCUUGAUCAUGUUGAUGAAUUAGAGUUGGUUAAACCUGUUGAUACAAAUACUGAAGAUUGUGAAGAAGCAGCAGCAAAAAUAGGUGAAUAUGGGGCAAAGAAUAGUGGCAGAACUAUUAAAUGGGGAAGUUCUAGCCCAAAUAUCACCACUGUGAAUGAGCCUGGGAAUGAUGGCAACUCUUCUCAUGUUGCCAAAGAUGAUGAUGGGCUCAAAAAGUGUAUGAAUGAAUCAACAGAAAAACCUGUCAAUGAAUUACCGGAACAGGUCAACCCUUCUGUUCUUCCUAAGGCAAAUUGUAUGACAGAAGAAGCAAAUGUGGUUGAUUGCAGGGGUAAUGAAAUGAAUAACAAUGUUGUCUCUGAUAGAAUUACAAGAUCUAGCAGUUCUAUCUCCCAAGCCAGCACUUCAAAGGAGCCAGCACUUCAAAUGAAUAACAAUGUUGUCUCUGAUAGCUCUUCUUCUGUCGCUGAUGAAGAUGGUGUACAUAGAGAGUCUGUUGACAAAUCAGCAAAGCAUCCUAAUUCUGUUAGUGAGUUAUUGAAAUUGGUCAAGCCUUCAUCUGCAAUCUCUUGCGGAAGUUAUGGUUCAAGUAAAGCAAAAGCAAGGGAUAAGUUGAUCAAGGACAAGGGAAGCAGCAUUUCUGUUGGGAGAAUAACAAGAUCUAGAAGUUCUAGUCGACAAACUAAUUGUGUGAAUGAAUGUUUGGAGAUUGAUAACUCUAGUUGUAAUGGCAAGGAAGAGGGUGUUAGCAAACCAAAGCAGCUAUUCAACCAUGAUGAUGGCUUAAGGGAUUUUGUCAAUCCUAUAGGUAUCACUUACAAAAGUCCUGGGUUGAAAGCAAAAGUGAGGAACUGCCAGAAUGUUGAUGCAUCAAGUGAUACUUGUUGCCAUAGAAUAACAAGCUCUUCCUCUACUGAUGUAUGUAAUAUUAGUGAGUUCCCUAAAGUGGAUCUUUGUUCUGAUGUUAUAAAGGAUGGUGAUGGUAUACUUGCACAAUCAUUUGGAAAAUCUUCAAAACUACCUCAACAAUCAAGUUUUGUUGAAGGAAGAAUUAACCUUCAGGUUCUGUCCAUUUCUCAGCCAAAUGUUGUGCCUUGUACUGAUAGAAUUCCUGCUGACACUCUUAUAGAUUAUGAUGGGCUAGUUUUGGCUUGUUCUGUUUCGUCUGAAUAUAACUCAGAUGGUGGUAGAUGUGGAGUUGAAGUUUUAGAAUUAAGGCCACCCAGUGAAUGUGUUAUGCCUGUCAAGCCCAAGCAACUUAAUUUUGAUAAUGUGGAACAGAGCAGUUUGCUUGAAACUUCCAGUCCUGCAGUGGAGAAUAAACAAGAAAAGCCUAGCCCCUCUAUUGAGAUGCCAUUGCUGGAGCAGGAAUUGUCUAUCAAAGAAGAGAAACCUUGGAAGGUUUCAUCUGAAGCUCAUAUGAAGGAUAGUGCUGAUUUGGUAGAUGAAAGUACUGUUUACCCUGUGCAGGAGAAAAUGGACGUGUUCAUUUCUCAAAAUCAAAAUGCAGAUUCCUACAUUAUGGGUUCAUGGCCUUGGCAUAAGCGAAGAAAGAUAGAGGGUCAAGUUACUGAUGCCUUUUCUGCUUCUCCAAUCUUGAAGGUAGGUGAUGCAGUGCAAUCAGUUGUUGAAAGGAGUCCACUUAAAGACGUGCAUUGGAAUAUGGAACACCAAAAGACAGAGGAAUAUGAAGUUUCAUCAUCUAAGCUGCCAGUAGAAGAGAUUGAAAUCAGCUCAGAAGGGAGGGGUAGAAGUGCAAGUACAGCAUUUAAUUUGAUGCUUGAACAAGGAGCACCUUCAGUCUCAAGUUUGGAAAAACUGGCCGGUGAAAAGGUGACAGGGCAGCACACUGCAGAAGAGAAAGUUUUAUUUCAACUUGAAGAUAAAUUAGAGGUGGGGGGUGCUGAAGUUUUGAAUUAUACUGAAGACACCAUGAAACAUCAUCUGGACAGAAAGGACUUGUCAUAUUGUUCAUCUGGUUCUCACAGUCAAUCAGUGAUUUGUACUGAUCAAAUAAUGCCUGAUUUUGAGGGUUUUGUUAUGGAAACAGAUAAUGAACAGCCCUGCACCUCCAAGGAGGUAAUCUACUUUGACAAGUUGGACAUUCCACCUACAGGACUAGGACAUGCAAGUGUUCUAGAGCGGCUUUGCAAGUCCACUUGCCUGGAUACAUCGAUUUCCCAUUUUUCAGCAACAUAUAAAUUACAUGAAGCACUAAAUUUACACCAGUCCAUCCCUAAUGGGCUUUUAGAGAGCAUUGAACUGAGGAGCACCCUUCAUAUGAAUGGUGACAAUGAGCAACUUGGUAGCAGUUUCAGUUGCUUGAACCAGGAAGUCAACCAUGCACUUCAUGGAAGGUCCCAUUCUCUCUCACUGCCACUUUCUAAUGCUCAAUCUGCCUGGGACAUUAGGAAACCUUGUGUGUCUCCAGUUGGGAAGCUUUGGGAUGGAAUCCCACCAAAGUCUAGUAGUUCUGGGAAGCGAGUGAGCUCAAUUCCGGAGCUUCCCUGCAUCAGUGAAGAAAGUGAGAUUACAGAAGGCGUAAUUGAUAUAUUUCUGGAAGUUGUUGGUCCAGAAGUGAUGAUUAGCUCAGUCACAAGAGAGCCGCCUGCUGACAUCACAAAAAAUUCAAAUCCUUUAGUAUCAGUUUGUGAAGCAGAGAUAAAUGAUGAUGGACAUAGUUUUGCUUCUUUGAAUACAGAAUUCAGCUUCAGUGGCACUUGUGAUAGGGCCAGACAGAAGUUGGGAAACCAGAACAAAAACAAAAGAAGAUUUACUAGCGAGGACAAGGAGAAUCAGAAUUUACCACUAGAAGGAGAUGGUCUCAAACGAGGCAAUGGAUCACUCCAUGGCAGAUUCAGUAAGCUGAAAUUAUCUGGAAAAACUGAUUUGGUAAAAGGAGGUCUGGGUCUGUCAGAGAAGGAGAAGGAGUCUAAGUGUACCAAUAUUGUGUCAAAUGUUGCUUCCUUUAUUCCAUUCGUGCAACAGAAACAAGCUGCUGCAGUCAUCACUGGAAAGCGGGACAUUAAAGUGAAGGCCUUGGAGGCUGCUGAGGCUGCAAAGCGUCUUGCAGAAAAGAAGGAGAACGAACGGAAGAUGAGGAAGGAAGCCUUGAAGCUUGAGCGAGCAAGGUUGGAAAAACAAAAUUUGAGGCAAUUGGAGCUAAAGAAGAAAAAGAAAGAAGAAGAAAAGAAGAAAAAAGAGGCUGAUACAGCAGCGAAGAAAAGGCAAAGGGAAGAAAAAGAAGAAAGGAAGGAGAGAGAAAGAAAAAGAAAGCGUGUUGAGGAAGCAAAGAGACACCAGCUAGUGCACGAGAAAAAGUUGCAUGUUGAGAAAGAACAAAAAGAAGUAAAUUUCCAAGCUCCAGAUGGAAGAGCAAACGGGAGGAAGGAAUCUAAGUACAGAUUAGGAAAGCAUGAGAAGUUUGAAAAAGCAGAGGAAGGCCACAAUCUUCAGACAAUGCCUGACACUGAACCUACAACUACCAAGGUUUCAAUAAUUGACACCAUAAAUGCAAGCAUCAUUCCUGAAGAUUCCGAGGCUUUGAGUAAUUGUGGAGAUAACUCAAAGGUAAUGGGCUACAUUUGCAAGGAGAGUGUCAGCUUACUUUCUAAUGUAAGUCAAGAACAAUCAUAUGAAAUUUCUCCAUAUAAAGUUUCAGAUGAUGAAGACGAGGAGGAAGAUGACAAUAUACCAAACAGUAAAUUUGUUCCUUCAUGGGCCAGUAAAAGUCACCUAGCCCCGGUUGUUUCAUCCCAGCCACGAUAUCCAGAAUCAAUUUUCCCCCAUGAUAGCUUUUGUAGUAUUGCUGAAGUUCUCUUGCCUAGAAAGCUUCAGCUAAAGUAGUGGGCAUGGUGAUAAAUUUGGACAACAUUAUAUUUGCAUUAUCUUGGCUCUUCAGUAGUUGGUUCUACCACCUUUGUGUUCACAAAAAGAUUCUGAAAGACCAUUUUGCAGAAAAUUCAGGAGCAGGUGAUCUCCAUUUAGCACAUUUUAUAGCUUAAGAUUGUAAAUUUAUAAUAAUGUACAUUCUUAUGUAGAUUAGAUCUUUAGCAGAGUAAGCAUACUUGAACAAAAUAUCUAGUCGAUGACCUACUAAGGCACAUUUGAUUUGUUAA